AACAAGCCGAGUUGCAAGCGCACGCGGGGCCGUUGGAGCCUCUCCCGGGGCCGGAGAAGGGUUUGUGCCGUGGGGGCUCUGGGCAUGCGCAGAUCGGGCGGGAGGAGAGUCCCGCAUGCGCAGAGGCCGCGUCACCCGCUGCUGGGGCCUGGGGCCGGGCGGAGCAGGAGAGUUUGUGCCGGCUACAGAAUAACAUCCACAUUUUGCUCCAGAUCAUCCCAUCCUCCCAGGGGGAAGGAAAUGGCUGCAAUGGAGCUGGCUCAGGGGCCAGUGACCUUUGAGGAGGUGGCUGUGUACUUCACCAGAGAAGAGGGAACUCUGCUGGACCCCACUCAGAGAGCCCUCUACAGGGAUGUCAUGCAGCAGAACUAUGAGAAUGUGACCUCGCUAGGGUUUCUAGUUUUCCAACAUGAUGUGAUCUCCCAGCUGGAACAAGGGGAAGAGCCAUGGGUCCCAGACCUCCAGGGUUCAGAGGAAAGAGAGAUCCUGAGAUCUUCCUGCACAGAUGAGAAAACAUUAAACCAGCUCAGAAUCUCAGGCGAUGCAAUGGCAUGUGAGAAAGAGGAGCAGAAUUCUCAGCCUGAAAAUGUUGAGCCAGCGGGUAAAAACAGAGCAUUAUCACAAAGAUCGAAAAGAAAUGUGUCCAGGAGUCAUGAGGAGGGAAAAUCCUGGGAGAUUCAUCAUAGACCAGAAACAGAUCAAGGAAACCAGCCAGGGGAGAAAGUGGAUAAAUUUAUUUCCUCUUGGGGAACUCAGAAGGUCCUCAUGGAAACCACAACCCAGCAGGAUAUCCUUAGGCAAAAGAGAAAAAAUACAUGGAGUGGGUGUGGAAAAACCUUUUCUCGCAGCUCAGCCCUUUCUGUACAUCAGAGAGCCCACACACGGGAGAGACCCUACAAAUGCAGUGAGUGUGGGAAAACCUUCAAGCGCAGCUCCUACCUUAUUAGUCAUCAAACAAUCCACAGAGGAGAGAGGCCCUAUGAAUGCAGUGAGUGUGGGAAAAGCUUCACUCACAGAUCAGCCCUUUCUGUUCAUCGGAGAAUCCACACAGGGGAGAGGCCCUAUGAAUGCCGUGAGUGUGGGAAAAGCUUCAUUAGCAUCUCACACUUUUCUAAACAUCAGAGAAUCCACACAGAUGAGCGGCCCUAUGAAUGCAGUGAUUGUGGGAAAACCUUCAAUUGCAGUUCGCACCUUAUUAGGCAUCAAAAAAUCCACAGAGGAGAGAGACCCUAUGAAUGCAGUAAGUGUGGGAAAAGCUUCACUGAAAGAUCAUCCCUUUCUGUUCAUCAGAGAAUCCACACAGGGGAGAGGCCCUAUGAAUGCCGUGAGUGUGGGAAAUGCUUCACUACCAGCUCAAACCUUUCUAAACAUCAGAGAAUCCACAUGGAGGAGAGGCCCUAUGAAUGCAGUGAGUGUGGGAAAAACUUCACUCACAGAUCAGCCCUUUCUGUUCAUCAGAGAAUCCACACAGGGGAAAGGCCCUAUGAAUGCCGUGAGUGUGGGAAAACCUUCAUUAGCAUCUCACACUUUUCUAAACAUCAGAGAAUCCACACAGAUGGGAGGCCCUAUGAAUGUGGUGAUUGUGGGAAAACCUUCAAUCGCAGUUCACACCUUAUUAGGCAUCAAAAAAUCCACACAGGGGAGAGGCCCUAUGAAUGCAGUGAGUGUGGGAAAAGCUUCACUGAAAGAUCAUCCCUUUCUGUUCAUUGGAGAAUCCACACAGGGGAGAGGCCCUAUGAAUGCCGUGAGUGUGGGAAAUGCUUCACUAGCAGCUCACACCUUUCUAAACAUCAGAGAAUCCACACAGAGUAGAGGUCCUAUGAAUGCUAUGUGUGUGGGAAAACCUUCUCUUGGCGCUCAGCCCAUGUUAGCCAUCCGAGAAUCUGCAAAGGAGAUCAACAUUGUAAAAAUCUCUAGAGCUAUCAAGACUUUCUUUUCUUUAAUACUUUUCCUGAUUCCCACAAGGUAACUUUUAAAGCUCUUUGAACUGUGUGCAGCACCAUUAUCCCUCAGCUUGUCCAGAUGAGUGGCCUAUUUUUGUCUUUUGCAGUUCGCCCUCUUUUGAAAUUGACCUAUUUGUCCUUUCUAUUGUCCCACAGGUAAUUUGAGUGUGCUCUUCCUAUGAGAAACCAGGGACCGUCACAUUUAUACCAUUCCUCCUAUUGCAAAGUUAUUGUUAGAGUCACCAGUGAUACAGAUUGUAUCAUUGCCAGUUGCUCUGGGUUUUGCUGAAAAGCAGUUAUAUUGGGAAUUUUUCAAAUUAGAUGUAAAUGAAGAGGAGCUGGGGCAGGAAAAAAGUAUAAUUUCAGCCUCCGUGACACUUGAAGGAGAUGGGGUGACUCAAAGAUUCCCUCCUUCCCCUUAACUGCAGAACUGUUCCCUUUUCCCUGAGCCAUGCAGAGUUUAUGUUCAUCACAUUCUAUCCAUCCCCUACUUCUCAAAAUAUCAUGUGAUGAAGCAUUCUCUGUUGUCUGUGCUUGCAGAUGAUGUUUUGACUACUUUAAUCCUAUAUCAGAGUUGCUAUGACUGGAGAUGAAAGUGUCAAAGUCCUGGGAGGGGAAUUCAAAUGGAUCCCAAAUAUGAUCAUUUAGAGUUUAAAUCCCAGGUUCCACCUAUUGUAGAGCCAUUUCUGGCAAGAGGGAUGUUUUUCCCUUAUUAUGGGGAUACUAGGAUACUAAAAAAUUUGUAAAUAACAUAACUGACUAUGGAGAGAGGGAUGAGGGAAGCAGGUUUGAAUGGAUCAGAGGACAAUGUGGUGGGAGACUCUCUUGUCCCGGUUCUGAAUAAUCAGAGGUAACCUGCUCUGGAAUUUCACUUGACACUUUCUUUGUAAUGUAUUCUCUCUCUGUGAUGUGGGUUUCUAUCUUUCCUGAAGGCUGUGUUUGGUCACCCAAUUGGAUAUUAGUUCAGUUUGAUAGGAUGUAGCUCAGAUUUAUUGAAGAAUUUAAGGCAAUGACCCUUUGCUAAAGUCCUCAUUUAUGAUUUCAGCUUUGCUUUUUCCCCAUCUCUCCAUGAUGAUAUGGGGAAAGUUGAAGUGCAGUCCUAUCAACAGGCGAGAACUCUCUAAUUUAUUGGACAGGCUAACAAAGAAACAGCAGUGAUUUAAAAUCUCCAUUCGGAAAUGGUGAACAGCACCAGAACCCCAACUAACUGAAGGAAGUGCAUAUGAUUACAGUGUAUUUCAGUUGUUUAAGGCAAUAUUGUCUCCGAGAUCUGGGAAGAGAAUUCCAUGGUAAGUGGUUUUGAACUAGGCAAAAUACUCAUGUGUUUGGUUCCCAAAGCAUUUAUAACCCAGGCCCUACAGAAGAUCUCUCCAAGUUAAUCAUACGCUAUGGGAAAUGCAGCCCUUCAUGACACAGAUGCUGAGGAAAUAGAAGUGGAGUUUUUGUCAAAUUUAUCCUUUUGUAGGUUCUAAAGAUGUGUAUAAAAUAAAACCAGUGUUGAAAAUGUAA